AUGCGACUCGCAGCUCGAUCGGGUGUGGGCGGGGCGGCUCCAGGCGUCACCAGCAAGCCAAAGUACAGUAAGGCCUGCGACAUGUACUCCGUACUUGCUGUACAUCCAUCUCGCUGUACAACCACACCCAAGUACCCCGUACUUGCUGCAAUGCGAGUAGUGGACGAGCGAAUCGGUCGACGCUUGUCGAUUCGUUCGUCCCCCGGCUGGCCAUUCGCCAUCGAAUCCCCACCGCGAUUCGUCGAGCCCAUUGCCCCCGAGCCAAGGAGUCGUGUCGAAACGCCGCCCCCGUCCGACAGCAAAGGCGUCGUGGACGCGCCACAGCCCUCGCGACGUUAUGCCACCUCCCGGCUCGCCAACGCACGCAUGACCGCACGUGACGGUGUCGGCGUCGCCGUUGCGGCAUGGCGACAAAGGAAACAACGGACGGCAUCGUCGCCGGGGACACCACCUCGUGCCCCCAUCCAUUGGCGGCUCGCCGUUCCCCCUGCGACCUCCCCGCCCCGGCUGCCCUUUUCGUCGUGGAUGAGGCGCUCGUAUCGCCGCGUGCCGGGGGCAAGGAUCUUGACCGGCCGGCAGAGGACGGCAGGGUGUCGUUCCGGCGCCGACUUGGCCGUGCGGAUGGACAUUGCCGAGUGCGUCGGAGACGACGGCAAGGGACAGCACGGUGAUUACGGCGCCAAAGUAACAUUGCACAGUACAGCCAACGCCAUGGCCAGUACCGUCCAGCCAGCACCCAAGUAA